UUUUUAGCCACUCUCGAAAAAUGCUGAAACCGAGGUCUGAGGUCUGAGGUCCCCCACCGCCACCGGCCACCGCUCCGUCCCAAUGGCCGCCGCCGCCGCUCGCCGCCUACUGCGUCCGUCGUCCUCCGUCUCCGUAUCCAACACCAGCCGGCUCCUCUCCUCCAAGGCUUCGCCGCCUCCUCACCGCAGCCCCAACACUAACUCACCCGUCGCCUUCGAUUGGUCCGAUGACGACGCCGACAACCCCACGAUACCUCCACCGCCGUCCCCGGCAAAGAAUCCCGAGCUCCCUCCCCCGUACGACCCCUUUAGCAAGAAGCCCGCCCUCUGUGAGCCGUCCGACCCCACCAAUCUACAGGAGAUCUUCCACCGGAUGCGCACCGAGGGCCUCACCAACUACGCCAUCAAGAUGUUCGAUGGAUUGUCCAAGGACGGGCUGACCCACGAGGCGCUCGCGCUCUUCGCGGUCAUCAAGGACAAGGGCACCAUGCCCGACGUCGUCGCACAUACUGCCGUCCUCGAGGCCUACGUCAACGCCGGCCCCGCUCACUGGCGCGACGCCGUGCGCACCUACGACCGCAUGCUCGCGUCCGGCGUCAAGCCCAACGCCUACACGCUGGCCGUGCUCGUCAGGGGGCUCGCGGCCAGCGACCGGUGCUCGGAGGCUGGGAGGUACCUGGUAGAUAUGCUCGACCGCGGGAUGCGGCCGAAUGUGGCGACGUAUCUGGCCGUGUUCGAGGCGUACGUGAGGAUGGAAAAGGUGGAGGAGGGGCAGUUGCUGCUGGAGACGAUGAAGGGAAAGGGCUUCAUGCCAGAUGAGGAGGCGGUGCGCAGGGACACGGUGAAGCGUGGGCAUGUGUUCAGGGGUGUCAUGAAUUUACUCUUUGGCAAGUGAUUGUGGGAAUGGGUCGAGCAAUGCCAUCCCAACUACUGCCUCUAGCAACCACUGGUCACGAAAAACCCCAAAAUAGUGCUAUGGAAAUGCGAAUCCACCGUUUGGUCCUUGAGGAGGCAUGGAUCGUUGUUCAUUAUAUGACUGUUUUUGCUCCAUACUGUCAAAAUAAACUUGCCAUUUUCUGCA